CCUGCCUUAGGCCUGUUCUUAAUCAAGCGGAGGUCGAGGGGAGAGAGAUUUUUCAAGCGUUAUGAAGUCAGAGGAAGAUCCUGAGGACGAAGAAAAUAUCAUUAGGGAUCCAAGCUAGGCGUAUGAUGCAGCCAGAUGAAUAUCGACCAGGAAACAUUCUAAACAAAGGUCCCCAAGCCUUUGGUUAGAAGUUUGGGCUGAGUUCUUGUUCUGUGUGAAUGGCUGAGGUUUGUAACUUAAUGCGUCUUACAUAGUUUGCUGCUGGCAGCAAGGAGCUCCAAGUCUUCUUUAUGAUGAGCUGUUGGUUUUCCUGUUCUGCUAAAAACAGACAAACAACAGAUUGGAACAAAUAUGAUGACCGACUAAUGAAAGCAGCUGAAAGGGGAGAUGUAGAAAAAGUGUCCUUUAUUCUUGCUAAAAAGGGAAUCAAUCCUGGUAAACUAGAUGUGGAAGGCAGAUCUGCAUUCCAUGUUGUUGCAUCAAAGGGAAAUUUGGAGUGUUUGAAUGCCAUUCUUGUACAUGGAGUUGACAUUACUACCAGUGAUGCUGCAGGGAGAAAUGCCCUUCACCUUGCUGCAAAAUAUGGACAUGCUUUGUGCUUACAAAAGCUUUUACAGUACAACUGCCCCACUGAACAUACAGACCUGCAAGGUAGGACUGCACUUCAUGAUGCAGCUAUGGCAGAUUGUACUUCUAGCAUACAGCUACUUUGUGACCAUGGAGCCUUAGUUAAUGCCAAAGAUGUGGAUGGGCGGACACCAUUGAUACUGGCCACUCAGAUGUGUAGACCAGCAAUAUGCCAACUUCUGAUUGAUAGAGGUGCUGAUGUUAAUGCCAGAGACAAACAAAACAGGACUGCACUUAUGUUAGGUUGUGAGUAUGGAUGUAAGGACGCUGUGGAAGUUUUAAUUACAAAUGGUGCGGAUGUCAGCUUGCUGGAUACCCUUGGUCAUGAUAGUGCUUACUAUGCAAGAAUUGGUGAUAAUCUGGACAUUCUAACCUUAAUGAAGACUGCAGUUGAAAAUACAAAUAAAGGGAGAGAACCUUCAAAGAAAGGACUUUCUCUCCAGCAGGUAUCUUACGUUCCACCGAAGCGAAACCUGUUACAUAUGCAAGAUGAAGUGAAUAUAAAAUCGUAUCAGAGGGAGCAGAAGAAUUUUCAGGAUCUAGAGGCUGAAAAUGAAGAAUUGAAAGAAAAGUUGAGAAAUAUUCAACAAGAACAAAGAAUCUUAUUAGAUAAAGUCAAUGGAUUGCAACUACAGCUAAAUGAGGAAGUAAUGGUUGCUGAUGACCUUGAAAAUGAGAAAGAAAAAUUGAGAUCCCUUUUGACAGCCAAGGAAAAACAGCAUGAAGAAAGCAUAAGGACCAUUGAAGCUCUGAAAAAUAGAUUUAAAUAUUAUGAGAGUGACUAUGGGGGAGCAGGAAGUCACUUCAAUAAUCGAAAAGAAGAUAUGCUUCAUAAGCAGAAUCAGAUUUUUGUUUCAGAACCACAGUAUACAUCUUCAGGUAUUCCAGUGCCAGCCCACAUACAAACAAGAUCCAUGCUAAGACCAUUGGAACUGUCCUUACCCAGUCAAACUACCAUUUCUGAAAAUGAGAUUUUAAGGAAAGAGUUAGACGCCAUGAGAACCUUUUGUGAUGCUUCUAAACAAGAGAAGCUUAAGCUCCAAAAUGAACUGGCCCAUAAAGUGGCAGAAUGCAAAGCUUUGGCAUUAGAAUGUGAAAGAGUCAAGGAGGAUUCUGAUGAACAAAUAAAGCAAUUGGAAGAUGCUUUAAAAGAUGUGCAAAAGAGAAUGUAUGAUUCAGAAGGUAAAGUAAAGCAAAUGCAGACUCAUUUUCUUGCCCUGAAGGAGCACUUAACAAAUGAAGCAGCUUCUGGAAAUAACAGAUUAACAGAAGAACUAAGGGAUCAAUUGAAAGAAAUGAAAGCAAAAUAUGAAGGAGCUUCUGCUGAAGUAGGAAGGCUAAAGAAUCAAAUCAAACAAAAUGAAAUGUUAGUAGAAGAGUUUAAAAGGGAUGAAGGGAGACUAGUAGAAGAAAAUAAGCGAUUACAGAAAGAAUUUAGCAUGUCUGAAAUAGAGCGAGAGAGGAGGGGAAGAAAAGCCUUGGAGAUGGAAGGCCAGAUAAAAGAAUUAGCAACAAAGUUGGCCCUCUCCAUCCCUACAGAAAAAUUUGAAAACAUGAAGAGCUUAUUAUCAAAUGAAGUUAAUGAGAAAGCAAAAAAGUUUGUGGAGAUGGAAAGAGAAUAUGAAAAAUCACAGGCUGAACUUAGACAGUUAAAGAGAGAACUGGAGAAUUAUAAAGCUAAACUUUCUCAACAUAUAAAGCCAGAAGAACAUGAACAACUUAAGGACAAAUUUGAACAAAAGUCAGGUGAAUUUGGAAAGAAGGUCACUGAAUUAACUUUAAGGAAUCAGGCAUUACAGAAAGAACUUGAGAAGGUUUGUGCAGAUAAUAAGCUACUCAACCAACAGUUGCAGAACUUAAUGAUUGAGAUGAAAACUCAUUAUGUUCCUUUAAAAUUGAAUGAAGAAAUGAAAAAAUCACAUGCUUUGACAGUUGAUGAUUUGAACAAAAAAUUAAUAGAUGUGACACAAAAGUAUAAAGAAAGAGAAAUGGAAACUGAGAAGCUGAUGGUGGAAAAAAACAAUUUAAGUAAGAAUGUUAGUCAUCUUGAAGCUACAUAUAUCCCUCUAGAAAAUCAUGAAAAAGAGACCUUGGCUCUAAAAUCCAAUAUCAUUGAACUCAAAAAAGAACUUUCAGAACUCAAUAAAAAAUGUGGUAAUGGAGAAGAAAAGUUGCAUGUGAUCACAUCUGAGAAUGCAAAACUGAAAAGGGCUAUAAAUGAACAGUAUGUGCCUGUUAAAACCCAUGAAGAAAUUAAAGCAGCGUUAAGUAGCACAUUGGAUAAAGCUAACAGAGAAUUGACAGAUGUGAAAAGAAAACUUGAAGAUAUAAAACAAGAAUGCAUACAAAUAAGAGAUGAAAAUGGAGCAUUAAAAAAAAAGUUAGAGGAUUCUCAGAACCAAAUGAAAACUGAGUUUAUCAGUAUAAAAGAACAUGAGGAUAAAAUGAAUGCUAUUAAUAAAAGCCUAGAAGAAACAAAGAAAAAUAAUGCUGAAGUACUUGUUAAGUAUAAUGAGGGUCAAAAAGAGAUUUUAGCAUUGCUUGUUGAGAUUGAAGCCCAGAAGAAGGAACUUGACACAAUACAAGAAUGCAUUAAGCUAAAGUAUGCUCCACUUGUUAGUUUUGAAGAGCGAGAGAAAACCUUUAAUGCCACUGUGAAAGAACUCAAAGAUCAAUUGCUAGCACAGACACAAAGAUGCAGUAUAGGGGAAGAGGAGACUCGGAAAUGUCAGCAGGAAAAUGAAAAGUUAAAGAAUGAAAUCCUCAUGAUCCAGAAAGAUUUGAAAAAUAAGGAUAUUCUCAUUGAGAAUUCCCGUGAAUUGGAAAAAACAUUAAACCGAAAGACAGAAGAGCUUAACAAACAGCUAAAGGACUUGUCUGAGAAGUACACAGAGGUAAAAAGUGAGAAAGAGAAGCUCCUGGAAGAAAGUGCCAAACAGACCUCUGAGGCUCUUGCAGCACAAGCAAUUUUGCAGAAGCAACAUGUUCCCCUGGGGCAGGUUGAAGAGCUGAAGAACUCUCUUAAUGGCACAAUUGAAGCUCUGAGACAAGAGCUCAAGGACAAGCAAAGGCAUCAUGAAGAAGCUCAGCAGGCAGUGGCUGAAUGGCAGCAGAUGUUAGAGAAUCAAAAACAGUCUUCUAUGUCCCUGGUGGAACAUGCGCAGAUAAAGGAAUCAUUGGAGAAAGAAGUUAGGUGCAUGAAAGCUAAAUUGAGUGAAAAAGAAGAAGAAAAUCAAGCCAAAACAGAACAAAUUUCUAAACUCCAGACUGAGAUUCAGAAUUUGAAGCAAGCAUUUAAGAAAUUAGAAUCUAGAGAGGUUAUUGAUUUAUCUGAAUAUAACAAAGUGAAAAGUGCCUUAGAGGCGCAAAUUAGCAACAUAAAAGAAAAUUUGACCACCUUGAAUAAAAAGUAUGAGGAAGUAUGUGAAGAGGCUGCUCAUGCCAAAAAGGCAGAAUUGUCUGCAAAAGAUGAAAAGGAAUUGAUACAGUUGAGGAGCUUAAGCAUUGAACAAGAAAUUAAGGACCAGAAAGAGAGAUGUGACAAAUCCUUAACAACAAUUACUGAUUUACAAAGAAGAAUGCAAGAGUCUGCCAAACAAAUAGAAGCGAAAGAUAAUAAGAUAACAGAACUGCUUAAUGAUGUGGAACGAUUAAAACAGGCCCUUAAUGGCCUCUCACAACUUACUUACACAAGUGGGAAUCCUACAAAGAAAGAGAACCAACAGGUAGAAACACUCCAGCACCAGGUGAAAUCUCUGCAACAGCAGCUGGCCGAUGCUGACAGACAGCACCAAGAAGUGAUUGCAAUAUAUCGGACACAUCUUCUUAGUGCUGCACAGGGUCACAUGGAUGAAGAUGUUCAAGCUGCCCUACUCCAGAUCAUCCGCAUGAGGCAGGGGCUUGUGUGCUAGAAUACUUAGUCCUGAUGUGGUGAACAACUGCUCUACCUGACUGGUGCUUGGGACUGUGUUUGCAUUAACCUUCAGGGCCUUCCCUUCUUGCUAUGGAUCUUACUGUAUUAGCAUAACUGAAAUUAAAUGUACUUUUUUUUUUCUAGUAGGAAAAAAUGAAAUGAGAAAGAUGAGCCUGUUGCCAUUACAGUAUCAUCAGUUUAUGUUAUGUUCCAAAUGUAUUUAUUGUGUAUUUUGAGGAAAUUUAGAAUAUUUAAAGCUAUUGCAAAUCCUACCAGUCAAAAGGAUGACAUAGUUGAUGCCUGCUACUGAUAUCAUAGUGACUGCUUUAAAAAACAUCUUUGGGGGCAGCUAGGUGGCGCAGUGGAUAGAGCACUGGCCCUGGAGUCAGGAGUACCUGAGUUCAAAUCUGGCCUCAGACACUUAACACUUACUAGCUGUGUGACCCUGGGCAAGUCACUUAACCCCAAUUGCCUCACUAAAAAAACAAAACAAAAAACAAAAAACAUCUUUGGUCCCCACUAGAAAAUAUCCAUUAAAUUAUAAACAAGUCCACAUAAAAUGUGUUUUUUUUGGGGGGGGUGCUAAAACAGGCUGUUUAUUGAGAGAGUUCUUUUAGAGGAUUCAAGUUGGUUGUCACUUUGAAGUGACACAAAAUACCUCCUUCUGGUCUUUAGUAGAGCAUUGUCAAAUAAGAUGUGAUGUGGUAUCCAGAAAUGUAUUGUAACUUGGCUGGCCAAGUUGCAUUUCUAUUUAAGUAACUUAAGUUUAAGUGCCUUUGCUUUUACUAGAGGUACAGAUUUUCUCCUCAUACACUAAUAAAGUUUAUGCUUUUUUACAGAGAUAUUUUUUCAUUAAUGCUUUGCAGCUGAUUACAUUUAGAUUAAGAAUAGCUGGGUUGGAUUUUAUCAGGACUUUCUAAAUGAUCUGUUAAUUUCCAGUGCAGUAUCUUAAUUUUUACUUAUAAUAGUGAUUUUUCAUGCUCUGGUGAUUAAGUAACUCUUUGAUAAAUUAUAUGCUAGAUUCCCUAAAGUGUCAGAUCUUUAGCAACAACUUUAAAACUUUGCUACUAUAACAACCAAAAUAGAUAUUAAAAUGUGUCUUGCAACUGUUUCAAGUUUAAUACAUUUCACUAUAAAAAGCUUAACUGUCUUAAGUUAUUUCAUUAGUACUGUUUACUAUUCCAAUUGAGGGGUAAACUUCACUGUUCAUACCAAACAAGGCCAAAAGAAUAACCAUUUCAGCCAAGUUUUCUUGCAUUAAAGAGAAUGUGCCUUUCCCUAGAGGAUUAGUGUUUCUUGAGGCAGAUUAUGGGUCUAGCUGUCUGACAAAGCUCGGGGCAAAUUGCCAUCAAAAUGGAAACUGCUGCCUAGAGAAAACUGGCUUCAUUUGCUAAAUGGAGAGCUUACAGCAGUAAUAGGAAUUUCUAAACUAUUUUUCAAAAAAAAAAAGUAAAAUGUUAAAUUUUGCAUAAGGAAUAUUUAACUCUUUGUUGGCAUGAUUAAAUGCUGCUCUUCUAACAUCUAAGUGGAAUCUCUUAGAAUACAAAUUGUAAGGGUCCACAUUUUCAAUUUCAAUUUCAAUUUGCCUUUUAUAAUUUUGUUGAAACUUACUAUAGAGAAGUUGCUAAACUGAAAAUGACAUUUCAAAAUUGUAUUUUCCUGAUUUGGGGGAAACUAUGUAUAUUUUAUUUCUCCUAUAUUCAUCAAUAAAAUGCUACUUUCAA